AAAUUAUUAUUAUUGUCAAUCCACACGCGGUCAAAUAACGUGAAGCACACGAUAUGUACGAUGUCAGAUGAGAGAAUUUAAUAGACAUUACUUUAUAAGAGGUUCAAGGGCUUAAUAGCAAUAUGACCUUAUUAAAGUGUCAAUACUUUAAAAAAAGAAAAUUACAAAGUUAAGGACCGCUUAAUAUUAUCAAAUAAAGUGUUAAUAAGAUAAAAGAUUAAAACAAACAUUCUUCUUCUAAUACACUCUAUUCAAGUGACCCUUUACAGAAUUACAUACGGAAGCUCAACAUUUGGAAGGUGGUAUGAUAUUUUCGUACAGGAGACGAAAGUUUUUCGCCUUUCCUCUCUUCCGCCAAACUGGUAAGCCGUACAUUGAACAAUGAACAAAGUCGUAGAAAGUUAAGACGGCUGGUAAAAUUGGGCCACGAAUCAAGUUGUAAUAGAAGGAAGCCCAAUUUGUAGAGAUCACUUGGGUGUAUCUGUAAUGGGCCUAGAGGGAAUUGUCCAGAAAGUUCUCGACAUCUGCUUCUGGAAUUUCUGCUUGACUCUAGAAAUAUCUCUCUAUGGAUGAUAAUAAACUUAGAAGGAGAAAGUGGUGGACACUCCUCUACGAAACUAUAAAUACCUACCAGCUCCUCUUUCGUAAACGAUGAUCGCAAUUGAAUCAAGCAAUCAGGGAACCAAGCAAACACAGAAAAUUCAAGCUCACUGAAAAUGUCACUAAUCCCAAGAAUCUUCGGCGAUUGACGAAGCAGCAGCAUGUUCGAUCCAUUCUCAAUCGACAUGUUUGAUCCAUUCAGGGAAUUGGGCUUCCCAGGUUCCAAUUCAAGGGAGGCCUCUGCAUUUGCCAACACACGAAUCGACUGGAAGGAAACCCCCGAGGCGCAUGUUUUCAAGGCCGAUCUUCCAGGGCUUAAGAAGGAGGAAGUGAAAGUAGAGAUCGAAGAGGAUAGGGUACUUCAGAUUAGCGGAGAGAGGAAUGUGGAGAAAGAAGAUAAGAGUGAUACUUGGCAUCGUAUGGAACGAAGCAGCGGAAAAUUCAUGAGAAGAUUCAGACUUCCGGAGAAUGCAAAGAUGGAUCAAGUUAAGGCUUCGAUGGAGAACGGAGUGCUGACUGUUACUGUCCCGAAGGAAGAGGUGAAGAAGCCUGAUGUCAAAUCCAUUGAGAUCUCUGGUUAGACGCUUUGGCUGAAAGCUACUCUAAGAUAUAGUAAAGUACUUGAGGUGUGUGCUGUUCAAAAUUUGGUGUUCUCUGUGUGUCUGUCUUAUGCUGAGUCCUCUUCCUUCUCCUGCUUGAUGUAUUUCCGUUUUGAACUCUGUAUGUGAAAAGGAAUGUAAUAAAUUUCUGGUUUUAGUCUUC